UUUUUUUUUUAUAAUCAGUGUGUUUAUGUAGGUUAUGGCAAUAAGUUUGUAUAAAUAAUACUUGCCAUUGUGGUUACAUCUUAUUUCCUUAUGAGCAACCUAGAUAAGAGAAUAGUAGUUAUUAUCAGACUUGUAAUCCCUGAUUGUAUUAAAUUGAUGGAUACUUUAAUUUAUUAUAAACUAGUGUGACAAUUUUUUAAUUUUAAAUAAAAUACCCUUUGCGGAUUUUUAAAAGUUGAUUAUGCCAUUGAGAGGAAACCAUUUAAUUCUCACGAUCCCAGUAGAUUCUUUUCCCAUCUUUGAGCACAUCAUGAAUUAUAAACCUUAGCAAAAUAAGUGCUUCUGAUUUGUUUAGGAAGUCUAUAUUGGUUAGCAUAUAAUUAUGCAUAGUGUCAAAUUCAAAUUACUUCUAGCCCAUAUAGUGCUAAACAUAAAAUGUUUCCGCUGGUACAGUAUGUAUUUAACCAUUGUCAUGACCACAAACACAAAUGCUUAAAGCUUCUGUGUGUAACAUGCAGCUUAAUACCAUGGGCAUUGUUUUCAGUGCUUCUCUGUUCUAGCUCCCAAACUCUAGGCUUCGACCUGUCAAGCUUGCAUGCUUUGUUAGCUUUCUAGAGAUCCUAAUUAAUUAUAAAAAAAUAUGCUGGGCAGUUCAAUGUAGCAAUUAAAAAGGGAAUCGAAAUUGCUGCAGAGAAUGCUUGAGAAAUGAAUGUUUUACAGAACUAUGCCUUAUCAGUUACUGUCAAAUCAGAUAAUUUGGUAUUGACUGUUUAACAGUGUGCUUAAAAACCCAUGUAAAACUAAGGAAUUGGUGUAUGUACAGUAACUUCCCCCUCAGUUGAUUUAAAAUUUGAUUGCCCUGCCCAGCUACUGAAAUUUAUUUAAUGAGUGGGGUAAGUUUUAAAUUCUCCUUUAUUUCAGACUGGAAAGAGCACCAACAAAAACUAAAAAAAAACAAACAAAACAAAACCACUUUACUGGCAUUUUGAAAUAAUUUCUAAGAAUAUAAAUUAUUUUCAUGACUGCCUGAAAUUCUGAACCAUUUGUUUCUGCUUCUAGCCAAACAGUCUAAAUUGAAACAUUACAUUGAAAUUGGUACACCUCUCUUCACCUGCCAUUUAUAAUUGGACAGGAAAGUAGGGAAAAUAUUUUUUUAAAGCCAGCAGCUUAUUCAUGAACUAUACAAGAAUGGUGAUAAUGUAUAGAAAACAAAUAGUGAGACACAUGACCGUUUCCAAUAGGGUGUUUAUGUAAAUAGUGGUUUUAAGUUAGAGUACUUUUCCUUUUUAUUUUAUACAAUAAUUAUGAAAGUUUUCGUAAUUCAUUAGCUUAUAUGGGAAAUUACAGUUUGCCAUAUGGUUAUAGAGAAUCAUGUGAUCACAAAACAUGAAUUUGAAGCACAUGAUCAUGAAUCUAAUAUUUUAGUACAAUUAAGUUAGUGGAUACUGUCGAAUUCUUAACUCUGAUCUGCAGACAAGCAGAACUUGUAAAUGUAUUAUUGUUCAAUGAUUUUUUUUGACCUCUAGUAAGUGUUUUUAUGCCAAAUGACUAUGUAGUAAUAAACUUCUAAAAUACAAUAUCUACCCCCAAAAUAGUUUGUUACAUGGUUACAAUUCAAAAGUAGCAGAAAACCUGAGUCUUGUCACAUGGUCGGAGAUUCACAAAACUCUCACAUAACCAGUCCCACUGAAGAAAACUGCACUUGUGAGUACAGUUUUAUAGGAUUGAGUCCAUGAUCCCCUCAAUUCAGUAAAGAUGGCAAGAUCAGGAUUCAUAUGGGUUUCUAGUUUUCCUUAUGUUUCAUUCCAAAGUGCUGUCUAUAUACUGCUUGUUUUCAGACUCUACCUUAAACCUUAGCUUUUGAAAGCUGUUUUCCUAAUCUGAUCUGUGCUGUUUCUGCCUGAAUGCCUUUAUGAAGUUGUUACAGUUAGCAGAGUAAACAGGUCUUGUCAGAAGUGAACAUUUCAAGAAGUUAUCCCCCCUUUUUUAAAAAAAAUAUUAUAGUGUCUUUGGAAAGGCCAACUGUUUCUGGUCUAGCAGUAAAUUGAAAUGAUUUGCCAGUAAUCAAUGUAGCUCAAAUUCAAAGAGCUGCUUUUUGAAGAUCCUGCUCGUAGAUUUAGAUAGUGGUAAAGCACUGAGUGUAUUUAAAAUAAUUUAAAUACAAAAGGGGGAAAAUAUUAAAUAGUUUUCACUUAUAUAAAGUGUAGAUAAUAUUGCCAAGUUCUAACCUAUUCCUUAUUUUGUAUUGAAGGGCCAAAUUAUACUGAUCUGUCAUUUAAUAAUUGAAUAAUAGUAUAAUGAUUCAUAGAUGCUUAUGUAUAUAAGAGGUGGUAAUACUGUACUAAGCCAAUUACCGGUAAGUACAAUGCAAAGAUUAGACUGGAAGGGGGGGGAAGCCCCAAAGGAGCAGAUUUAAGUGUUUUUCACAUUUGCGUGUACAUGUCUGAAGAGAAGAGGUGUAGGGAUAGUUUAGUUUCAUUUUGCAUCAAAAUGUUUGUUGCUCCUGCUGAUUCACUUUUAAAAUACAGCUGGAUAUACUCAACUCUUAACUGAGUUUCAAUCCUUAAUAUAAGUUUUAUUUUGUACAGGGAUUGCAAUUUGCUUAAAAUCAUUAAUGUAUUAAAUGCAGUGCAUUUUGACCUAAAAACUUGUCCCAGAUUUCAUUCACAAGGCUAAACUAUUUAAUUUUUUGAAUAUUUAGUCCCAAUUCACUAAAGUGUACAGAUAUUAGGUGCUUCCUAAAACUACACUGAUCUUCGAAUUCUACAGUGAAUUAUUAUCCACAUCUUAAACUCUAUAUUACAACCAGACUAAAUUCCUUCUAAGACAUCACACCGCUUUAGAUUUUUUAGACUCAACAUCAGUUUUUUUUCUGAAUUUGAGAAAAUAUGCUAUAGUAUGACAAAUAAAUUAAAUUUUGUAUAUUAAGGAAGUCAUGUUAAAUUGAUGUGAGCGUGUGCUGGAUUAUGCAGGGCUUGAAGUUUUUGGUAUUAAGGUAUUCUGAAAGUGCUAUCAAAUAUCAUUAUAGAAAUACAAAAUGGCUUUCAAGGCUAGUGUCACAUUUUUUGCACUGACCCAUUAUGUAAUACUACUGUAGUAAUAUUGUAAAAUUGUCUUUCAGUAAAUUAACUGAGUUUUUCUAAUUGGUUUUUCCUUAAAGCUAAAUUGAAUUUACCAUUCAAAAUUCUCUCAUUCUGAAAGUAAAUUUUUUAAAUAUUCCUUCAUACUUAUAAUUUCUAGCCCUGUGACAGAAUCGAAGAAGCUCUUGAUUUGUCUUGAAUUUUUUUUUGUUUCUUAAAGGGGUUGUGUGUUAUACUACCUUUUUAAUAAACAAACUUAUAAACAAGCCAGUCUUUGCUUCUCUGAUCAGUGUUUGAAAGAAUGUAUUUAAGCUAAUUCCUCAUUCGAUUUGUUUUGUAUGUUUUUUGUUAAGACAGCAUGAAUGAAUAUUUAUAACUUGAUGUUGCACAGUAAUUUUAAUGCAUGUGUACAUAUAUGCUGAUGUUUUAGAGCCAGACUUUGUAUCUCUCUGGUAAGGUUACUUUACAAUACUAUAUAUUUUUUCUCUCAGUACUAUAAAAGAUUCUGAAGAUGGAUGGGCAGACUGAAACCACACUUCAUUCCACCCUGUCAUAUUGCAGUUUCUGCUGGGUAACUCGCAUCAAGAUGACAGAGUAGAAAGUGUUUAGGAUAGAGAAAGUUUAAGCAAGCAACUUAACUACCAUAUUCUGUUGAACAGAUGCUUUUUGUUGUACCCACAUACACGGCUAUAGCCAUCACUUCAGUAGGACCAGAAAGCAGAGGGAUAUAAGGUCGGGUAGGAGAAAGGGAAAAUGGAAAAUAGGGCAUCUGGGGGUGGCACCUAAGCAACCUUUCCUCUUCAAUGUUGAAUACAAUCUAUGUAAAUGACUUCAAAUAUGUCUGACCUUUUGUAGGAAGGUAACAUUUUUGACCCUGGUCAUGUACCUGUGGUUCUUUGCCACGUUUCUUUUUACUAGGAACUGUUCUUUAAUGCAGAUAUUGUCUCCUUGAUUGUGUACACAUUGUGAACAAAAUCCUAUUUUUAAAAGCCUAUUUUCCUCAUUCCUGAAACCUCCUAACCCGGUUGACUUGUUGGAGUGCAUUUCAUGCAUUCUUAGUAACAAGGUUGAAGGAAACGCCUAGUUCAGUCACAGCUAGGGAGUUCAUGCACACUCCCUGCAUUCUGCUGCAAAGUGCACACGUCCAUGCUGGGAAAGGAUCACAGACUUCACUGCAUACCACAGCAUGACUGUUCAGAGUGUUGAUAGUCUCUCAGUGUGGAUCAAUUGAAGGCAGUAAAAUAAGGUAAGAGAAUCCUGUUGUGGUAUUAGUCCUCUUACAUUAACUUCUCCACAUGUAUUUGGUAAAGGGUGAGGCUUUUUCACUGAACUGUUUACAUGCUGCUUGGAAAAACAGUGAGGGAAAAAAGAGAAUUUUUUCCAGGCAGUUCUGAAUCUCUGGGCAGCAGGGAACGGAGGACAAAGUUGCUCCGUGAGACGCUGUCUGUUUGAGAACCAGCGCAGAGCUUUGUCAUCUGCAGCAACUCUGACCAUUCGGGUUCCCAGGGACUUACUAGCUACACACCUUUGCUCUCCAAGAGCAAAUGACCUUUGUACAACCAGAAGGUGGGAAUGGACGAUGGGAUGGAUCACUUGAUUACCUAUUCAUUCCCUCUGGGGCACCUCCACUGGCCACUGUCAGAAGACAGGAUACUGGGCUAGAUGGACCUUUGGUCUGACCCAGUAUGGCAGUUUUUAUGUUCUUACCUGCACCAAGUCUAACCGUAGAGGAGAGAAUCUCUUGGGGACCCAUUUUAAGGCAAUAAGUCUGUUCUUGUAUUAGAGUAAGAGAUUGUUUAAAAAAAAAAAAUCUUAAAUCCUACCCUGUUUGUACUCUUCCAACCUGAACCAAUAUAUUCCUCUUAAACACAUUUUGACAGUUGUUUGUGGUAGGUAAGCAAACUAGUGGCUUCCAGCUCUGUGACCAUUUGCCCUGGAAGCAAUGUAUGCUACCUCUUUGCAUUCUUCCUGCUAGAGAGAAGUGGGAAGUUAAGGUUGGGGUGGUUAACAUAGUGUACAGUGCUCCCGAAUCUUGUACUGUCAACUUCCCUAUCACCCAAACCUUAUCCAAACAGUUCGUUCUAGGGGAUGGAUAGAUAGAGAUAGAAAUGAUAUCUGCCAUGAUUCUGUUGCCACAAGUUGGCUUCAAAAAAAUUGCAUGGUUUUAGGUGCUCAGACACCAUGGGUAUGAGCAUGGUAUGGAAAACUAGAUACUAAUUAUCUUCUCGUAGUACUUUGUUGUAUCUUGUCUAGUGCUGUAACUACGCAGCCCUUUUCACUAAGUGAGAGGAGUUGAAGAUGCUCAGCAACUCGUACUGGAAAAAAAAUGCCUGCCUGAGGAUUCAAUUUAAAGUCAUGAAUCGACUGAGGAUGGUUAACUAGGGUGACCUAGGGACAUUAUCAGUGAUUUGUAAUGAGAGAAGUAGUCCUUUGGCCUGGAAAUUGAAUGCUUGCAAACUUAAUGAGUUUUAACAUAUGUAAGCACAAAUAACGGAGGCAAUAGUCUUGGAACAGUUGUUUUCAAAAGAGCAUUCAUUAGGGGGAGUCCAAUGACAGUGUGCUUGCCAUCCCUCUAAAAGGAAGGCACGGAAUAGAUUUGACCCCUGCAAGUGCUCUGGCAGCAAGUGACCCUGAGCAUGAUCCCUUCCACUAGACUGAAAAAAAAUCACCUGUGGACUCAGAUGGAGAGAGACCCACUUAAUGAUUCAUACUGGAAUUUACAUGAUGCAGCUGCCUGUGGGUCUGGGAUUUCCCAAAUCAAGGCAAAGUAAAAGCCACUGUUUCUUCACUAAGGUAAAUCAGCUGUGCUGUUUGGGGCAGAGUAUGAACAAUGACAGUGGAAAAUCAAGUAGGAAUAGUGUGCUUUUCUGGUGUAAUUGGAGUCCAAGCUCUUUGAGGCAUGAACCUUCCCAUUUAUUAAUUUUUGUGAUUGCACCUAGAGGCCUCAGUCAUGAAGCAGGACCCCUUUGUGCUAGGAAAUGUGUAUAAACAUAAGGUGGUCUCAAAAUUUGUAAUUGCACCUAAUUUUUAGUCUGAAUAUGUCUAGCUUUAACUUCCAGCCAUUUGAUUUGAUUAUGUCUUUCUGCUAGAGUUAAAUCAGAAAUUUAAUUCCCACAUAGGUAUGUAAAGACUGUGAUCAAGUCACCUUUUCAACUUUCUCCUGGAUAAGAUAAAUACUGAGCUGCUUUAGUCUCACAGUAAGGCAGAUUUUCCAGACCUCAUUAUUGUAUCUUUUCUAAACCCUUUCCAGUUUGUCAAUGUCCUUUUUAAAGUGUGGACACCAGAAUUGGACACACUAUUCCACCAAAGAUUGCACCUAUGCUGUAUAGAGAGGUAAUACCAUCUCCCUAGUGCCACUUGAUUUUCCUCUGCUUAUGCAUCCAUAGAUCUUAGCUUUCUUAACUGCAGCACCAUAAUGGGAGCUCAAGUUGAGCUGGUUAUCCACCUGCCUCCAAGUCUCUUCAGUAUCACUUUCCAAAAUACAGUCCCUUUGCUAAUGAUACACAUUGAAACCGAUGGCAAAUUUCAUCAGUGCUUACACCUUUCCAGCAAAAGAUUUUUUUUAAAAUGAGUUAGGGAAAUGCUGGUCUCAGUUUGCCUAGUAUGAAUAAAUGUGCUUCUAUCAGUGCCUUGGAAUGUCCACUAUAUGGAAAUCAAAGGAUUUCUCAUAUGGCAAUUUAUAAAUAGUUAAAAUAGCCUGCCUCUAAUAGGGAAAAGCUUAUAUAGAUAGGGGCAUUCAUUUGUGUGCGGCAAGAUGUAAUUUAAUCCUGAGUCAGGAUUUGAAAGUCUUUGGGAAUUCCCUGAUUUGGAAUAUCUGAGCUGGGCCAAGGCUUGUUUCCUCCCCCAAAUGAAAUAAAUAUAGCAUCAUCAGUUUGUGUUUGGUUUGUCACUUGAUAGUCUAACAUGAAUGUGUAAAGAACUACGUUUCUAAGCUCCACUGAAGUAAGUGUCAUAAGAGAACAUAGUGUAGGGUUUUCCUUUCCCUCUGAGAUAACAUUCUUAUGUUGAUGGUAGCAAGACAAUGGAGACAGAGCCUUUUUUGAGAUCUGUUCCUUAAAGGAUCUCAAAGCAUUUCCCAGACACUGGUGAAUCAACUGUAAUACCUCAGAGAAGAGUUGGUCAAAAAAUUCAACAUCACUUCCAUUGCACAAUGCUGUUCAUCAGACUCAAGGUGUUUUGUGAGAAUGUGUCAACUUUGACAACAUUUGAGGGAAAAAUUCAAAGUGGAAUAUUUAAUGUAGACAUUUCAUUUUGACUUUAAAAAAUUAACUUUUAUAAAAUGAAGUUUAAAAAAUUUCAACCUUAUUGGCUAAAGUGUUUUGACAAGGUCAUUUUAGAAUUUUUUUUGUGGAAUAUUUCAAGAUUUGGCUUUGUCCUGAUUUUGGAGGAAAAUACAUUUCAGCAUGUUGAAUUUCCUGGGGGACAGAAAUUCCAUUUUCUGACCUUCUCUAUGAGCUAGGAGAAGGUGGGAGUCUCCCAUUUUAUUAAUGGAAUAAGUGAAGCGACUUGCUUGUAGUUCACACAGUAAGUCAGUAUUGCCAACCCUUGUGAUUUCAGCUGGGACUACAAGUUGUCUUGCCAUGACUAUGAGAAGCUUCAGCCUUGCCUGGAGGGAAAACCUAUUCUGAUUAGUUGCCUUCCAUACCUGCCCACCUUCUGGGGAAGAGUAGCCAGUCAGGGCUGGUGUAGGAAUUAAGACAAAAAAAAUUCUCACAAUUUGGUGGCCAAAUUAUGAGGUUGGUGGGGUUUGUUUUUUUAAAGUCUGACAUUUUUGAAUUUGGCAUAGUCAGGGCUGAAGUUCCAGAUAGCACAGAACUUUUGAGCUCACUUAUUGCAUCCAUGCCACUUCCAUUGACCACUAUGGGAAUUGUGUGCCUGCAACAGACAAUAAUGGGACUCCCAUAGUUCUGAUUCCCAGGUUCCCAUGCUAAUCACUAAACCAUGCCAUCUCCUGCAGAUGUUGCAAAGAAUAGUUCCUGUACUACAGUCUGUCCAGAGGUACGGGGGAACAAUAACUGGUGCCAAGCAGGCACUUGCCAGCACUGAUUUUAAAUGAUAGAAAAUGAGUAGAGUGCACCAAGCAAACAAAUUUAACUUGCAGCUGUUCAGAGAAUAUAGACAUACGUGGUCCUAAAUCUAGGGCUUCUGCAAAUACUUCUGACGCUAAUAUGGCAUAGCUAUUACCUUGUAUCCAUCUAUUUGUUUGUGUGCAAACAAUAUUUUUAUUAUUUAAGCUUGAAAGUGCUAUUUUAAACAAGCAUUGGAGUGUGAGGAUCUCUCCAAGUGCAGCCUUUGAUCCUCAGGAUAAAUAUUAAUUUAACAACAUUAUGGUUAACAGUCAAGUAGCUUCUGUAAUGGUUCUGUGGCACCACCAUGAGACAGCAUAGAGGCACAGUGGUGGCUGGCUAAGACCAUCUUAAUACUAUUUUUGCCAGCUUGGCCAGGUGGACACCGUUCCUUUCUAGAGCUGAUGCCAAUGGACCAUCAGGCUCCCAUUUUGUGACUUGGAUAAUACUGUGCAGAACACAUGGAGUCUAGGCACACUACCUUCCAAAAGAGGACUGCUGAGUGAGUGAACAGCUCAUGUCACUGGUUCCCUCCCACCCCACCCUUUCUUUCUGCCUUAUUUGGGAGCUCCAGCCAUUGAUCCUACACAUGCAUAGAAAUUAUGUAGCAGAGAUAAAUUUAUCCAUUCCCAUACCAGCCUUUGCACCUAUGGAUUAUAAAAAAAAACUUACUGCAAGGACCAACCUGGCCAGUUGGCAUCAUUAAGCUCUUUUUAUCCCUGUACAGAUAUCCAUGUGCACCCAUCAAAUUUGAGCUAGCAACUAUGUACACACAGGGUUUGUAGGUCCUUGUGCAAAUUGGUGGGAAAAGGGUGAGUAGCAAACAGGAGCCCAGAUACAGGAUCUGACCCCGUUUCUACUGAAAGUGGUCCUUCAAGUCCUACUAGCUUCAGUGGGAAGACAAUCAAACCCAACAUUGGCAAUACAAUCUUGGUUCAGAAGUCCUUCUUAUUUUUGUUCAUAGGCACGGCUAGUUACUGAAGAUGGAAGCAGAAAGGAAAAACUCUCCAACACUGAGUAAAAACAAACAGCCUGUGAAAACAGAAUGGGGGUCUCAGAGUGUUGUAUUUACUUACUUUCAAGGGGACCUUAACAGUGUGAUAGAUGAACACUUUUCUAGAGCAUUAAGCAAUGCCAAGAACCCACAAGAUCUGAGCACAAAGCACAAGAGUGAGGCUGUUAUCCUGAAGAAUGAUAGUCACAUGUCUCCCCAUCAGUGGAAUUUCUCUUCUCAUUGGACCAAGUCGUAUCAAUCAUCUCCUGCUACAAACCUAUCAAAUUCUGAUCUGAACUUGUUGGCUGCUGCUACAGACCAUCAUCAGACAUCAGUUCUGGGGAAUCUUCCUAUUCAGCCUGCAGAUUUGUGGCACUUCCCUUCAAUAGCUAAUCCAAGUCUCACUGAUUCAGGAUAUCCUCGCUCCUUGCCUGACCCUCCUACGGUGCAGAGACCAAUGUCUGACGGGAAACAUGGUUCUCUCCUUGACUUUCUGCAACAGGAAAGGUGCCCAGCAUCUAGCCAGGAAUCUACCGUGAAGCAAAGCUCUAGCUCAGCCUGUAUUACUGGAUCAGCUAGGUUACAAAAUAUGAGUCAAAGUUUAACUCCCAGGGGAGACAGGAAAGCCAGCUGCUAUCAAAGCCCAGGAAACCCCAGCAUCAGUCUUGCCAGUUCAGGUGUCCAGUCUCACGAUAGAAGACGAGACUUAUACUUUUAGCCAAUGGACAUUUCUGCUUUAUGCCUGGAGAGUUCUUUCCAUGAACUUUUAUAAUUUGCAGUUGUGAAUCAGGAGGAAAUAGACCACAGCUAUUCUGUGUUUUUUCACCAGCCAGUUGCAUGUCUACACAUGCUAAUAUGCUAUUUUGUAAAUGAGAGUGAUUUACAUCUAAGUAAAUAACUUCCAGCCUAUGUGAUUCUACCAUA